GAGAUAGAAAUAUAUGUAUUUGAUAAUCGAUAUAGGCUUUUUAGACAGAGAAAGGGGGAGGAAGAAAGAAAGCAGAGAGUGCCUCUGUGAAUAAAAGAAAAACGGUAAAUUAUAGAAAGAGGAAAAACAUUUUCCCACUCUCUAUACGUACAAAUCAAUAUAUCUACACAUAGAGAGAGAAAAUCUGAAUCCUCGUUUCUGUUUUGUACUAAUCGAUGUUGUAUUUGUAUAUACACACUCCGGCGAAAAAUGUUCGAAUCUGAAUCCAACAUUCCGUUGCUGCUCCGAUCUUCGUUUGAUUCCUAAACCUAAAUCGGAAUUUUUUUCAAUGAAGUGAAAAUAGGAAGGGGAAUAGCACAAUUAGCUCUUGUUUUCUGAGGUCCCUUUUUAUAUAUUGCUGUUGCUUUUAUUUCUGAUUUUCCCGAGUGUCGGAGAAAAAUGGACGGUGGUGGUGGCGGUGGUGGAGAGGUGGCAUCAGCUGCGGCGGGUCCACCUGCGCCGCUCGACUGGAAAUUCUCUCAGGUCUUCGGCGAGAGGACGGCCGGCGAAGAAGUACAAGAAGUUGAUAUCAUCUCAGCAAUUGAGUUCGAUAAAACUGGCGACCAUCUAGCCACUGGUGACCGUGGUGGAAGGGUUGUGUUAUUUGAAAGGACUGAUUCGAAAGAGCAUGGUCGGAAUCGUAGAGACUUAGAGAGGAUGGACUAUUCAGUUGGUCGACAUCCUGAGUUCCGCUACAAAACUGAAUUCCAGAGCCAUGAACCUGAGUUCGAUUAUCUCAAAAGUUUGGAGAUCGAGGAGAAAAUCAACAAGAUUCGCUGGUGUCAGGCAGCUAAUGGUGCCCUGUUUCUUCUGUCUACUAAUGACAAAACCAUCAAGUUUUGGAAGGUCCAAGAGAAGAAAGUCAAAAAAAUUUCUGAUAUGAAUGCUGACACAUUUAAAGGUGCUGGAAACGGUAGUGUUGCAAGUUCCAGUGUUUCUUCUGGUCUGAAGCAAUGUCUUGCUAAUGGCAGCUAUUCUGACCGAUCUAACAACUCGUUGAGCAAUGACUUGUCCUUUCCACCUGGGGGCAUCCCCUCACUGCGAUUACCAGUGAUCACUAGCAGUGAGACAAAUCUUGUUGCAAGAUGCAGGAGAGUAUAUGCUCAUGCACAUGAUUACCACAUUAAUUCUAUCUCGAAUAACAGUGAUGGUGAAACAUUUAUAUCAGCUGAUGAUCUGCGGGUUAAUCUUUGGAACUUAGAAAUAAGCAAUCAGAGUUUCAAUAUUGUUGAUGUGAAACCAACAAAUAUGGAAGAUCUGACCGAGGUGAUUACAUCAGCAGAGUUUCAUCCUACUCAUUGCAACAUGUUAGCAUAUAGUAGUUCAAAAGGAUCAAUUCGUCUAAUUGAUCUGCGGCAAUCUGCCUUGUGUGAUUCACAUUCUAAGCUAUUUGAGGAACAGGAGGCACCUGGCUCAAGAUCCUUUUUCACUGAGAUAAUUGCUUCAAUAUCAGAUAUUAAAUUUGCAAAGGAUGGCAGAUAUAUACUCAGUCGUGAUUACAUGACCCUUAAGUUAUGGGAUAUUAAUAUGGAUUCUGGCCCAGUGUCGACUUUCCAGGUUCAUGAAUAUUUGAGACCAAAGCUAUGUGACCUGUAUGAAAAUGAUUCAAUUUUUGAUAAAUUUGAAUGCUGCUUGAGUGGUGAUGGCCUUCGAGUGGCAACUGGUUCUUACAGCAAUCUUUUCCGUGUGUUUGGUUGUGUUCCUGGGAGUACAGAGGCAACAACACUGGAAGCAAGCAAAAACCCGAUGAGGAGGCAGGUCCAGACCCCAUCAAGGCCUUCCAGAUCCCUGGGCAGUAGCAUCACCCGUGUUGUCCGAAGAGGUGCAGAGAGUCCGGGAGUUGAUGCCAAUGGGAAUUCCUUCGAUUUCACUACAAAGCUACUCCACUUGGCGUGGCAUCCCUCUGAAAACUCAAUUGCCUGUGCUGCUGCAAAUAGCUUGUACAUGUACUAUGCAUAAAACUCAGCUCCUCCGCGACCUGGUCGUCGUUCUCGGUUGCUUUUUUGAAUUGAAUGCUUCAUUCAGCGGAUUGAGGCUCUUCCAUUUUCUCACGUCUGAGUGCCUGGUAUAUCGCGUCAGGGUCCCCAAAGUGGUUCUGUAGAAUUUCACAAGGGAGCAAAUGUGUCGUUGUACCUCCGCAAAAACUGCCUUCCUUCUCCCAUCUUUUCUACAUUCACCUUCUAAAUUUCUUUUAUUUUUUGGUCACCUCUCAAAGAGAAAGAUGCAGCCCCCGUCUCACCACUGGUGCUGGAUAGAAGUCGGGAAGGAAUGCGAUUGUAGCUCUCCUACAAACAGAAGGUGUCUUAUAUUGCCUCUAGUUUUAAGGUAAAUGUAGUUUUUUACUUGCAAUUUGCUGGAGAGGAGCUGCUGCUAAAUUUCAGGGCAGGGCACUAAAAAGUUUUAUUAACUUGGAUGGAUCUCUCUUUUGUAGGAUAUUUUGGCCCUUUCCCUUUUUUCCUUUUUUGGAUAUAGAGUUUUAUUGAUAUUUCUUUUGUAAAAGUAUUGGACGUUUGGGUUCUAUUAAUUUGUACAAUAUUUUUCA